CUUCACAGGAUGGCACUGCCUCAUGCGGCUUGGCGAACUAGUGGACAGCGACUCGGGGGCACUGCGCAACAAUGCACAAAGUGGACGGGCUGUUUGAAGGCUCAACGGUCGUGCUGAACGCUCGAGACUAUCGAUUCCGACACCUCCCCGAUUUAUGGCUGCGAGACUCAGGAAAGAUCCCCACCCGGUCCUGGUUCUUGGGCAGACUGCAAGAAGUCAUCACGACGGGAGAUGUUGCAGGCCAUUCCUUGCGCUCGGGUGGUGCAACGGCGUUAGCACUUGCAGGUACUCCUUUGGAGCGGAUACGCGCUAUUGGAAGGUGGUCUUCAGAAGCUUUCCUGAUCUACCUGCGCCAAAACCCGAUACACCAACCACCCCUCCACCAGCCAUUAUACAUGUACAAGUUACGGCUCGCAUCGCUGGCGCACAAUCAUACGCAUUGCAGGUCCAUACGGACCGUGUCCACUAACUCAUGGACCGCUCACGGAACCGAACUGAUUAGUCUCAGUUUAAUCCCAUUUCACGUGACUAAUCAGGUGGAUCCGCGCGCACCUCAGAGGAGGCCGUCUUGUUCUGCACUGUCGCAGUGCGGAUGGAACAAGACGGACGAAACCCUCCUCCGGGCCCAAACUUGGUCUCAGACCAGCUGCGGGAAGAGACAAGUUGCAUCCGGGAGCGAGAUAAAUAGCGCACCUUAUCCACUCCCCACCUGCCUGCGCAAUCGUACUACAACGUCUAACUGGUAAGUUAACAGUAGUGCGAUGAGGCUUCUAACCGUGUGUGCUGGCCCCGCUCCUCAGGCCUGCACACGGUUAUCCCUGCUCUCGCUAUCCACUAAACGCGCGCUUACUCUUACUUUCAUAGUUCUUAACUGAAUCUCCGCGCUUCCCACCUCCUUCCCCAUCGCCUCCGUUGCGUUACAUCAUUUUUUCACUUGCUACCCUCUCCUGCAUUUACUAUUAAUGUAUUUAAUUGACGUACGGCUCACAUCGCUGGCGCACAAUCAUACGCAUUGCAGGUCCAUACGGACCGUGUCCACUAACUCAUGGACCGCUCACGGAACCGAACUGAUUAG